AUGAAGUCGAUCAUCAUUGCUUCUCUUGUCGCCUUGGCGAUUGCCGCUUCCCCGGCUUCCUUUCCCGGCUUCGCUAAAAAACUUUUCCCAGAAUUAUCGGAUAAAACUGCAUCACGCCAUGUAGGCUGUAGCCAAAUAUUGAAGAUAUGUCCUGACAAAUCGUUAAAUGGGACGCAACUCGCACCAACAGAGUGGUCUUGUUCGACGUGUUCAACAGUGUUGAAAGAUAUUCUGGAAGUUGUUCAAACCCCAAUACAAAAGAUAAAUGAGAAUGCAGCCAGUUUUUUUUGCAAAAAGGAAGGAGAGGGCAAAUGCAGAAAAUUAUUUUCUGCUGUAAUAACUCUAGUGGGACCAUUAAAGGAUAUUUUCGAAAACCCGGUUUGUUCUCACUGCAUCCAGUAUAAUGUAUAUCUUCAACAUUUACAGAGUACCAUCAACAACGUUUGCAAAAGAAUGAUGCAAUGUGUCGAGUGA